UCCAUCCCUCCGAGCCUCCCUCACUCUCUCUCCGCUUACAGUAGUACUAUCUAUCUUCCACUCGAAUCGCAGUCUCUCUGUCAGUAUCCACGAUAUGAGCGCUAUAAUGGCGCGAAACAUGGUACCUCUGCGUCCGAAAGGAACAGUUUCAGCGCACCUGUGCCGGGCUGUGUUUAUCGCCUCGGCUUGGAUGUCACUGAUGGGACCCGUGCGAUGUGACAGCCGGAGCGACGCGCAUCGUAUGCUUGACAGCGGUGGCGGUAUAGGCAUAGACAGGAGAGACGGAAUGUUCGAACAGGACUUGGGUGAUAAUGAUAUGGACAUGGAAUCCCGGCGCUUCAGGAGAGCUCUAUCCCAAGAGAAAGUGUCCCUGCUCAGCAGCUCGUUCGUGCUCAAAGGGGAUGCCACUCACAACCAGGCGAUGGUUCACUGGACGGGGGAGAACAGCAGCGUCAUUCUCAUCCUGACCAAGUAUUACCAUGUCGACUCCAGCAAGGUCCUGGAGAGCUCCCUCUGGAGAUCCAGUGACUAUGGCACCACCUACACAAAGCUCAACCUGAUGCCUGGUACAACCAUCGUGGUCUCUAACUUCUAUAUCUGCCCCACCAACAAGAAAAAGGUGAUCCUGGUGAGUUCGUCCAUUAACGAGCGGGACCAGUUGCUGUUCAUCAGUACAGACGAGGGCUCCUCUUUCCAGCGCCAGCCCCUCUCCUUCACUGCUGAGACCCUCCUCUUCCACCCUAAGGAGGAGGACAAGGUGCUGGCUUACUGCAAGGAGGGCAAGCUCUAUGUGUCCAUGGAUUUGGGCCGGAAGUGGACUCUAAUGCAGGAACGAGUAACCAAGGGCAGAAUAUUCUGGUCUGUGGCUGGUGUAGAUGUGGACCCUGACUUGGUGCAUAUGGAGAUGCAGGACACAAGUGGAGGGUACCUGUAUGUAACCUGUCUGAUCCAGAACUGCUCAGACAAGACCGUAACGGCUCAGUUCCUGGGGAAGAUUGACCACAACUCUCUCUCAGUCCAGGACGACUACAUAUUUGUCAAGGUGACCACAGGAAACCGCACCAAGCACUACGUCUCAUACCAACGGAACGAGUUUGUCCAGAUGAGUUUCCCGAAAUACGCCCUACCAAAGGACGUCCACAUAGUGAGUACGGAUGAGAGCCAGGUGUUCCUGGCCCUGCAGGAGUGGUACCAGACAGACAGCUACAACCUGUACCAGUCGGACCCGCAGGGUGUUUACUACUCCGUCGUGCUGGAGAACGUCCGUAGUGCCAAGCAGCCGGAGGAGAGCGUUGUUAUAGACAUACUGGAGGUGCGCGGGAUCAAGGGGGUCUUCCUGGCCAAUCAGAAGGUGGAUGGCAAAGUGCGGACUCUCAUCACCUAUAACAAAGGCCGAGACUGGGAACCGCUAGCUCCGCCUACUACUGACAUGAACGGCAAACCGGUCAACUGCAAAUCACCUGACUGUCACCUCCACCUCCACCUGCGCUGGGCUGACAACCCCUACGUAUCAGGGACCGUUCACACCAAAGACUCCGCCCCCGGACUCAUCAUGGGCGCAGGUAACUUGGGUUCCCAGCUGGUGGAGUAUAAAGAAGAGAUGUACAUCACCGCUGACUGUGGGAAGACCUGGAGACAGGUGUUUGAGGAGGAGCAUCACAUCCUGUACCUGGACCAUGGAGGGGUCAUCGUUGCCAUCAAAGACACCUCCAUCCCUCUCAAAAUACUCAAGUUCAGUAUUGAUGAGGGACGCACCUGGACCAUCCACAACUUCACAAGCACCUCAGUGUUCGUGGACGGACUUCUGAGCGAGCCGGGAGAUGAGACAUUGGUCAUGACGGUGUUCGGUCACAUCAGCUAUCGGUCAGACUGGGAGCUGGUCAAGGUGGACUUCAGACAGUCAUUCCCCAGACAAUGUACAGAGGGAGACUACGACUCCUGGAAACUCACAGAUCUGCAGGGAGAGAAGUGCAUCAUGGGUCAGGAGAGGAGUUUCAGGAAGAGGAAGGACACUGCGUUCUGUAUCAAGGGGAGGAGCUACACCUCCGCCCUGACUACCAAGCCCUGCCAGUGCUCCGAGAAAGACUUCAACUGUGACUAUGGGUUUGAACGUGCCCAGAGCCUCAAAACAGAGGGAGAUAGAUGCUUCGCUGACUUCUGGCACGACCCAGACUCACCGCCUGACGACUGUCACCAGGGACACAACUUUGAGUCCAGUACUGGGUACAGGAAGGUUGUGUCCAACUUGUGUGAAGGGGGAGUGAACAAGCAGCAGAGCGCCAAGCAGCACACCUGUCCUCUGCUGCCGCCCAGAGGCCUCCAGCUGGGCAUCAAAGGACAGAUGCUGGCUGUGGCGCCUGGUGAUGACAUCACCUUCAUUGUCCACCAGGAGCAGGGUGACACCAGCAGCACUAAGUACCAGGUGGAUCUGGGGGACGGGAUGAGGGCCAUCUACCAGAAUCUGACGGUGACAGACGAACCCAUCCAGCACCGCUACGAACAGCAGGGAGUCUACCGCGUCACCGUCAAGGCUGAGAACGUUGCCGGAUAUGACCAGGCCACCAUAUAUAUCCAGGUCACAGCCCCUCUACAGGAAGUUCACCUAGAAGUAGUUCCCAUCGCCGGGAUUAACCAGGAAGUCAACCUGACAGCUGUGGUACUUCCCUUUGAGGCCAACCUGACUGUCUUCUACUGGUGGAUAGGAGACAACCUGCAGCCCAAGAUGUCCCUGGGGAACAGUCUGAUAACGAGGUUCCCUGAGGAAGGAGAGGUGUCUGUCACCGUCCAGGCCUCUAACGGACGCUCCAUGGUGCAGGACACCAAGAACGUCCACGUCUACGACCGUUUCCAGGUCAUCCCCCUUGCCUUCAGCAGUAACCUGGACCGCCUCAACCCAAACAUUCCAGAGUGGAGGGAGGACGUGGGUCAGGUGGUCACCAAGAUAUUGUCAAAGAUCACAGGUAUCCCCCAGGUGUCCCUGGUAACCAUGGUGAAGCGGGGCCUGCCCACCACAGCUGACCUGUACGUUCUCCCACCAGAGAGCCAGCGUGAUAAGAGGAGCGUGUUUGUGGAUAAGCGUAUCCCUGCCAUCAAGCAGGCCUUCAACGACAACAACGUUAGCUUCAUCGUACGAGGAGGUCUACAGGUGUUGGUGACGCUAGCUGACCCGAACGCAGGUUCUCAGGGUGGAGUGGCAGGUCCUGGAGUCUGGGCUCUCUCUGUCAUCUUCCUCAUCAGCCUCCUCGCUACUGGAUCCUUCAUCCUCUACAAGUUCAAGAGUCCUUGGCUUAGGACUGAGGAUGCCUAUCCUCCGCUGUUUUUCAGAAAGCUGCCCGGCCGGAACGUGUACGCCCAGAUGCACAAUGAGAAGGAGCAGGAGAUGACCAGCCCUGUCAAUCACAGUGAGGACACGCAGCACAUCAUCCAGGGGGAGGAGUUUAUUGACGACGACCUGGACUCACAGACUCUAGGUAACGCAGAAGGUAACCACUCGGGCGUGGUGCUGAGCAUCAACUCCAGAGAGCUGCACAGCUACCUGACCAGCUGAUGGCUGAACACAGACACGCUAAUCAGCUAGCCAUGCUAACGAGCACAGGGAACUCUAAUCUGCCUUCCUCCUCUGUCGCUCUGUCUGACCAACCAAUCCACCGCUCCCCGUACAGAGGAAGAGAGAAAGCACCACAGUACUACAGUCUAGCAUUAGUCCCUCUCUGUCCUCUCCUCUCUGAUUCCUCUCCACGGCCCCUUGCUCCCUCGUUUCCGUCUCUCGCUCAGAGGGACACUUAUCCUCCGUUCUGCUCGUCUCUCUAUCCCGUCCUCCACUGCGUUACUGUAACAUCGGGGGUGUGUGCCAACUCUGCUUUUUACCCAGUGUCCUUUGCACCCAGUGUCCUUUGCACCAGUGUCCUUUGCACCAGCGUCCUUUGCACCCAGUGUCCUUGUGUCCUUGUACCCAGUGUCAUGACUGCUCUGUGUAUUCUCACUGGCUAAACCCCUCGGAGAAUGAUUGGAUGCCACCCAGUGAGGAAAGAGAACGCCCCACCUACUGGCCUGCCAUUUAGAACGCUCAGGACUGUAAGACUCGUCUUUCCCUGACCCUCACCAGGUAGUUUCCAGAUACGCUAUACAGUGCAUUUUCACAAUGUUGUUACGUUCCAGCCUUAUUCUAAAAUGGAUUGAAUAGUUUUUCCCCCUCAUCAAUACCCCAUAAUGACAUCACAAUACCCC